AUGGGGCAAAUAUAUCGUAAUCCAAUCAACCCUCAUCCUGGUAUUCCCCAGCUAGACCUCUUGACACUCUUGUUUGAGUCAGAGCAUAGUGCCUGUCAGGAUGAUGGAAAGAUUCUCCAUGCUGAUGCUGCUGAUCCUUCAAACAAGAUAACCAGGUCCAGCCUACGUGAUCUGACCGGGUGCAUUGCCCAUGGACUCCGCAGUCGUUAUCAUGUUGGACAGUACGGACCAGGUCGUGAUGUUGUCACUCUCGUUACCAAUGGCCAAAUACUUGUUCCAGCGGUCUUCUUCGGCAUCAUUGCUGCUGGUGGAGUCUACUCUGCUGUCAGUCCUUCAUCGACUGUGGCAGAGUUAGUGCGACAGAUUAACAUUGCCCGGAGCAGACUGAUCGUCUGUGGAACUGAGCAUAGGGAACUGGCAUGUAGAGCAGCAAGGCUUUGUGGUAUUGGGCUAGACCGGGUGCUUGUAUUAGACUCUUCCACGAGUUCGAAAAACCCGGACACGCUCAAGAACAACCUAAUCAUCAUUAUUUGGUCUUCUGGAACGACUGGUCUCCCCAAAGGUGUGAUGAUUUCCCACCGAAAUCUUGUGACAGAGACAUUUAUUACUGCCUUGCCUGGUCGCGAGUGGGCUAUGGGUGAAAUUCAGAAGGGAACCUUUCGCCCAGUUGAGUUCCGCGCACUCGCCCACCUGCCUGCCAGCCACAUUGCCGGCUUGUUUGGCAGCAUGAUCUCUCCAUUCUAUAGCGAUGGGACAGUAUUCUGGAUGAGCAAGUACCACUGGAAGGAAUUUACCACAUAUGUGAAGCAACACCAGAUCACUGCGCUUUUCACCGUCCCGUCCGUCUAUCUUCGAAUCGCAAAGUCACGAGAAGCAGCCGAUGCCUUCAGGUCUAUAGUGGGAGCGUCAACUGGAGGGUCUGCAAUGGACGGAAGGCUACAGGCUGCUGCCAGCUCUAAGCUUGGGAGGGGCACGGAUGUCUACGUUGGACAGACAUGGGGUAUGAGCGAAUCUACGGGUGGUAUAACUGGAAUGCGCCCAGGAGAAAGAGACGAAACAGGAAGCAUUGGCCAACCCCUGCCCGGGGUUGAACUUAGAAUUGUUGAUGAAGAUGAUCAUGACGUUGAGCCGGGCCAGCAGGGCGAGCUGCUGGUACGGAGCCCUACAGUGAUGGAUGGAUAUUUCGAUAAUCUAGAGGCAACUCGAGACGCCUUCCAUGAUGGCUGGCUCUGUACGGGAGAUAUUGGUGUAUUCAAGAACGGCAGAUUUUAUAUUGUCGAUCGCAAGAAGGAACUGAUCAAGUAUAAAGGCUUGCAAAUUGCCCCCGCUGAACUUGAAAAUAUCCUGUUCGCUCAUCCUUGCGUCAAAGAAGCCGCAGUUGUCGGUGUUCCCUCUCCAGAUGACCCUAGAUCCGAAUGGGCACGAGCGUAUGUAGUGGCAAACCCCCGAAAGGUAUCAGAGGAAGGGGGGGGUGUUGUGUUUGUUUCUACAAUCCCCAAGAACGGGGUUGGCAAAUUCCUGCGAAAGGAGCUGAGAGACAGGGCAAAGAUGGAGUUGGGAGGGAGGAGUGGAAAGCUGUGA